AUGCAGGCAAAUGGUGAGGAGGAGAAAGCAGCAUCUGUUGCUGAGGAGGAGUUGAUGAUGGCCAAGAAGGUUGGAGAUAGGCGUCGUGAGGCGUAUGCGCAGAUGAAGAUGGCCCAAGCCAUGAUCACACAGGAUCGACCUCGAGAUGCGACGCGGAGAGCAACAGAAGCUGCUGAGAGGCUACGGGAGAUGGGCGACCUCAAAGGUGAGGCAAAGGCCACGCAAUUGUUGGUGGAGCUUCAGUGCCAGGCCAGACGGGCCAUGGAGGCCUCGCGUACUGCCAAGGAAGCACAGCGGCUUUUUAAAGAAGCGGGAGACAUGAAGGGAUGCAUCGGCGUCCUUCAGCUCCUGACCAGCUUGCAUCUUGAGGCCGGGGAUCCGCAUUCCGCGAUCCAGGCAGCGCGCGACCAGGUGAAACUUUUUAGGGAGGCGGGCUACAAGGAGGAGGAGGCAUCAGCAACCCUAGGGCUAGCAGAGAUGACGCAACAGACCAUGGGUCCGCGUGAUGCCUUGCGACUUUCCAAAGAUGCCGCCUCGAUGUUCAGUUCCGCUGGUGAUUUGGCUGGAGAAGCGCGAGCGCUUGCUCAAGUGGCACAGAUGCACUUGGGACUCAAAGCCAACAGCAAUGCGAUGCAGACCGCGAAGCAAGCUGAGGAGCUGGCCCGGAGAUCUGGUGAUGAAAAGGUGCUCAUCACUGCGCUGCAGGCAGUGGGUGAGGCCUAUUCAUCUGCAGACAGGUUCACGGAGGGCAUCGAUGCUGCCAAGGAGGCUUUGCAGAUGGUCGAGAAGGCUCCCGUGAACGACGACACUGCCCGGGCUGCUGCACUUGCUUGUAUGGCAAAUGUCCAGUUGCAAGUCGCUCACUAUGAUGUGAACAAUCCUGGUGCGCGCAUCCGGCCUCGCGGACUAAAAGAAGCCUUGAAGGCAGCUGAAGAAGCCUUAGCGCUGCAUCGCAAGAUUGGCGACCGAAAUGGCGAGAUCAACGGUAUCCAGCGGAUCUUCCAUGCCCAUCUUCUCAGUCAAGACGGUCCAAACUCAUUGCGAUAUGCUCGCGAAUAUGUGGAUUUGGCACAGUCCACCGAGCAGAAGGAAAACCUCGGCAGCGCAUUGGUUUCGUUGUGCCAGGGGCAUUUCCUUUGCCGCAACUGGGAAGAAGCUGAGAGGGCCAAUUUGGAAGCGCGGGCGAUUUUUGAGAAAGCACGCAUGCACGAAAACAUCGAAGUUUGUGAUCAGAUCAUGCGGGAGAUGAAGCAGGAAAUGGAGCGAGACAGGCGGCCUUCACAGCCGAUGGGUCGAGCCAAUGCAACCCAAGGGGCUGGCUCAGGCUACAACUCUCUGUUGCCGGAGCGACAGACAUCGCGCAUGCAGCAAGAUGGCCAGGGAGUCCCAUCUGGUGGCUUCCGCAGCGGGGUUCCAGCUGGUGGUUUCGGCAACAGCGAAUCCACGCAGAUCAGCCAGUCAUCUCAGCCUCCAAGAAGUGCCGCAGCAACAGAGAAGACGGCCAAGGGUUUCUCCGACGGCUUGCGUGGGGCUUUCAGCAAAGAUACGAAAUCUGGUGCAGGUGCUCCUGAAAGGGCGAAGCCAAACGGCGCCUACACUCCAGGAGCCACGUCAGGUAAUGGCUUUACAGGGCAUUCAGCACCAAGUGCCAGCACUGGCAGCAGAAGCGGUGCUGGUUCUGGAUUUGGAGGGAGAUCUUCCGGCUAUGGAGAAUCCAGCUCGCGCUAUGGCGGCAGUGGUGUUGGAUCCAAUUAUGGAAGCAACCGCGGCGUCCCAGCCGGCGGAUUCGGCAAAUCUGGCGUGCCGGUGUGGGUUGCUGUGGAGGCGGCUUCGGCGCCAGUGCAGGCGUGCCCGCGGCUGGUCGACCAGGUGACAGCACAACUGCUUUGCUAUCCCAUGCCAUCACACCAGGCCAUGAAUGGCUCUGACGCAGGCGACCAGGCCGCUCCGCCUUCGCCGGCUUUGCCGGCGCACGAGGCCUCGGUCGAGGCGAAGAAUGAGCUGCCAGAUCCUUACGGGGUGCCAACAUGCUUGCUGGAAGAAGCCUGGGCAAUUACGGCAAUGGCAGAGGAGGCCGCGGGCUCGGCGAUGACGGUUGCUUUGGAAGCUGUUUUUACACUGCCCUCUCUUGAACGAAAAAUGAGGACGCUGAGCGAGAUGCAGCGAGGGCAGCCCUUCAGCGGCUUCACGCCACGGUGGAGGUCCACCGCCAGCGCCUUGUCAUGCUGCUUGUACGAUCUUCCAACGCAGGCAGACAAAGGGACAACAGUUUUGAUUGCUGCCUUGUUCCAGGUAGACGGGGCCGAGGGCGAAUUACUGAACCCUCAAGCUUACUUUGAGCCCGGAGAGCUCGCUGCAAUCAGCCGCGCCAAAGAGGUGGUUCGAGACCUGGAAGCCGAGGCUUCCGCCAUUGACAUGACAGACGUUUCCCAGGCAGGCGGAAUGGGGCUGCACGAGGUGCUGUCGCAGUCUCUGAAGGAGACGCAGCGGCAGUGCGACAGUCUCAACCGUGAGAUGGACACUUCCUUUCGAAUCCGCUUCACCCAAGAGAUGCACGAGGCAUUUGCGGAUGAGGAGACUCGGGAGGCUCGGCGUCGACAGUACCUUGCCAUAGAGGCGUUAGGCUUGGAGCCGCCAAACUUCAUGCGUCGAGCACCGGAAACUGGAAGAACAGAAGCGUGGCAGGAACUGGCCCUUCGACUCCUGAACGACAUCCAGGCACAGCCUUACAGUUUGUACCGGGCCUUCCCUGUGGCGCGCUUUUCGACUCCGCAGACAAAAGUUCAACAGGCAGAAUCCAAUGAGAAGCUAGUUGAGUCUAUGGGCGGGGUGAAGGCGGAGUCUCCGUUUGAGACACACUGCUCACAAUCUGCGGAGAUUGCGCAGAUGAUGCAGCAGCGAGUUGCAGAUGAGGAGAGGUUGGGGGCAGCUUGCAGAAGGCACGAGGGUCAGCGAGAGGCAUCGCGACACAGCCUACAGCAACAGGUGGUGUCCGUGCGGGAUGCGGGGGCUGAGCGCCAAUGGCAGGUUCAGCGGCGCCUAAGUGACAAGCUGCAGAAGCUGGAGUACGGUUCCGUGAACCUGCGAACUGGGGUUGGCCAGCUUGGCCAAGAUCUGCAGGACAGACAGCAGGCCGUUGCGGAGCUGUUCCGCGAAGUCAGCGCUUGGUGGCAAGUAUGGCAGAAGGAUAUACCGACACAGUUGCUGCAGCCCUUCCAGAAGAAGCGGGAGCAGAAAGUCGAGAUAGAACAUAGAAUAGGCCCAUUGAGGGCUGGGAAUGCAAAGGGGUGGGGUCCAACACUGAAGUGGGAAAUGGGAGCAUUUGCCGGGGGCAUUUGCCAGGAGCGUGUGAGGGGUGCAGACGGGAAUUGCAGUAACACCACUGAAACAUGGUUGGGUCAUAUUGAGCGUCCAGACACUGCAAUGGGCCGAGAAGACCUUGGCUCUGCCAGCGAAGAUGCUCCGCCAAAGAAGCAGCGCAGGGAAGAACCUGCCCCUGCUGAGGUUGGCCAGUCCCCGGCUCGCACCAUAGAGGUGCGUGUGCGGUCGAUCUCGGGCGAGGUCCUGCUUACCCUCCCGCGUGCAGAUCGAUGUUGGACAGUGAUGAGGCUGAAGGGGCUGGUGGAAGCGGCAUUGAACCGACCGAGAUGCACCCAACGUCUAUUGCUGCAAAACGAGGACCUGGAGGAGGUCAAUCAAGACUUCCGCAGCUUGGCUGGGCUGCUCCCUGAGGGAGCAGUGGUGCUGGAUCUCACGUUGCUGAAGCAAGACGCGCCAGACAGAGCACUCUACGACGAGGCUAAAGCAGGGAGAGGAGGGACGUGCUUGGCUCUGCUGCAGCUCCCUGACAGAGGGAGAUAUCUCAAUUACUUGGAUGCAGCCUCGCAGCAGAGCUGUUUGCACAUGGCAGCAGCCAUGAGACUGGGCGCGGCGUGCCUAAGCAUCGCAGCAUCACCAGAAUUCGAACACAUCAACGUGAUCGAUAGACGCAGGAACUGGAGCGUGCUGCAUUGGGCCGUUUUCUCCAGCCUGCCGGAUGUUUGUGUGGAGAUCCUUUCUCGAAAGGAUUUCACGCAAGGAGGACACAGAGAUAACGGUGGCGAGACAGCCUUGGAUCGUGCAAUUGAAGCAGGAUAUCGCGAUUGCAUCUUUGCCAUGGUUCCGCUGCUCAGCACAAAGGAUUUGCUGAGCUUGCCCCUUCCGAUGCCUGUGCUGAUCAACCCAAACGACAUCAGCCGCAUCAAUAAGAUUGCUCACGGGGACAAAGACAUCGCGGAAGCAAUCCAGGAGACGCUGGCAAAGCGGAAGAAGUCCGAAGGCUGGUGA